CUGGUCCCUCCUUGGCCAACACUGGCAUGGAAAGACAUUGUCGAAUAUAGCUUCCUUGGCAAGUUUGACCUCUUGCAGCACUCAUGUACUGACAUCCAUGAUCAUGAUUGGACUACACCUGCUCAUUGUGAAGCCACCAUGAAAUACUUCAAGCUUCAAUAUGCUUGUGAAGAAAUUCAGCAUCUCAAUGUUGAAGUCCAUCGUCUACACACAGCAAUUCACAAUGAAGAAGUUAAAACUGUUGCAACCAUUUGUUGGCUCCUGGAGAUAGAUCACAUGCUGGCACUGGAGUUGAAAUGUCGUUAUCAAGUGCAUGCUGCAGUCAAUGCCAUUGUGGGAAACACAACAAGAAGAGAACUGGAAAGUAGCCUUCUAAAGCUGGGUCAAAUGUGCUAUGCCUAG